CCCUGCACGCACGCCGCCCACGCCUGUUCCACGUCCUCUUACACGCCUUGAGUCUGGAGCGCGUUGGUGGUUAAGCCCGCUCUUCCUCGCUCACACCCACGCCCACGCUCAAGCCGCCACCUCUUCAGCCCCUCCUCCAGGCCUGUGUCCACGCCCCGCCCACGCUAGCACAGCCUACACGCCCGCCGCAGUCUCGUAUCCGCGCACGUCGGUCUUAAAACUCAACUUCGGCGGCGUCCAAUCGGUUCACUUCGUCGUCAGUCAGUGUUCUUAGACUUCGCCAGUGCCUCGAUAUCGCCUCCUACUUCGCCUUCGCCUUCGCGUUCGCCUUCUUCGUGCCUGCUUGCCUCUGCCUCCUCCUCCUCCCUCACCACCUCCUCCUCCUCCUCCUCCUCCUCUUCUUGUGGUUGAGUGAGAGGUACAGUCAAGUGUCGUGUGGAAGAGCCAGGUGGAGGUGGUGGUGGUGGUGGAGGCGGUGGUGUUACUGGGACUUGUUGCUUCGUCCACGAGGUAUUGUUCCAUCCUCUUCCUCCUCCUCUUCCUCCUCCUCCUCCUCCUCCUCUCUUCCUCCUCUUCCUUUCUGACCCUUUCCGAGACUGUUACGAAGGCGAUAUCAUCUUGGAAACAUUUAGGAUCAAGAGGAAGAGGAACUUGGAACAUGGAAUCGAAAUCCACGCGUUGUGAAUUGUGGAAUUGAAGUGCGCUCCACCUCCUCUUGACAAGCGCGCAGGUGAGGUGAGGUGAGGUGAGGUGCGCAGCGGACGGACAGACGAACUCACUCACUCACUCACAGGUGCUACAGACUCCCAGAGAACAUGACAGCAUCCAAUUCCUCUCCCUCAUCUUCCUCAUCUUCAUCUUCAUCAUCUCCCAUCUCUGCAGCAUCCGUCGGUCAAUCUGCUUCGUAGAGUGUUGGCCAGUGAGCCGCUGAGGCGCUGAGCCGGCGAGGAGCCGCGUCGAGGGAGCGGAUUGACGCGCCUUCCGCCCAGCAGCUGUGGCCGCCGCCGCCGCCGCCGCCAUCCGAGGUGCCGCAUGUGAGGCGUCGUGCACCACCGCGCCGCGCCGCGCCGUGCCUUGUCCGAGCGCCGCCGCGUCUCCGUGAAGCGUCGCGAUGAAGAAGAGCAAGCUGCUGAGCCGGCUGCUGCGGGGCAGCUCGGGGGGCAGCACCAAGGGCUCCUCCGCCGCCCCCGAGCUGGGCGAGGCCGGCGUGGCGCCCAACCCCGUGGUGGCGCGCUCCGGCACCAGCGGCCGCCGCCGGGAGACCGUGGCCGUCAGCACCCCGGCGGGGGGCGGCACCUCCCCGCGGGAGCUGUACACGCAGCAGCAGCAGAAGGCGGGCGUGGAGCGCUCCUCGUCCUGGAAGUACACGCACGACCACACGCCCGACUCCUUCAGCAUCAACAGCUCGCCCUCCAUCCUGGACGGCCGCGGCGCCGCGCAGGGCCGUGUGGAGGAGACACAGACCAUCGAGAAGAGCCAGAGCUGGAGCGGCGACCGCCUGCUGGACUGCGCCACGGACUCAGGCUCCAGCCGCGGCGGCACCAACAACAGCAGCCGCGCUGGCAGCGGCAGCCGCGCCGGCAGCCGCACUGGCACCAGCAGCCGCUCAUCACGGGACCGCGCCGCGACGGGCGGCCCCUCCAGCCUGCCCGCCAGCAGCCGCACGGGCAGCCGCACAGGAAGCCGAACCGGAAGCCACACUGGCAGCCGCGCCGAGAGCCGCGCCGGCAGCGACCGCGGGGACUCGACACCCAGCAGCGUGUACGACCAGCCGGUGGACCAGUCCCCGCGACCCUCCUCCCAGACCGACGCCGAUGGCUACGAGAACGUGGACCUGCCGUCGCCGCAGCGGGACAGCGGCGACGGCAGCAGCAGCGAGCAGGGCAGCGCCGCGCGGCAGCUGGGCUCGCGGCUCAGCGUCCGCAGCGGCGGCCGGCGCUCCCGGCGGCCCAGCCCGCGGCGGCAGGGCAUCCUGAGCAAGGCGUCGCAGGAGUCCACGGAGAGCCGCACCGGCAGCGUGCGGAGCGGCGUGCCCAGCAUCGCCCUCGUCACCUCCAGCCCCGUCCCGCCCCCAAAGUCAGCUGUCAACCGCUCGCCUUCAAGAAAAUCUCGUCGAUCUCCCAGUAAGUCCCCCAGCCGCCCCCCCAGCGGUCCCCCGAGCCGCUCGCCCAGCAGGUCUGACAGCAGCCGGAAGAGGGACAGCCGGAGGAGCAGCUGCUCGCCCAGCCGCGGCCUGGAGGGCUCGCCGGUGCGGGCGCCCAGCAAGUCGCCGGUGCGCGCAGCCAGCCGCCCAUCGCCCGUGGACCCGUGGACACGCAUGGCGCCGCCACAGAACGCCGCUCCGCCGCCGCGCCGCGAGGGCGAGGGUCAGGCUCAGCACCCCCUUGGCGUCGGCCACCGCAGCAUGUCCCACGAGGAGGGGCGGGCGCGCAGCCCCCAGCCGCCGCCCCUGUUCAAGGCCCGCUCCUGGCAGCAGUACAGCGUGGGCCACAGCACGCCGCAGAGCGAGCGUGCCCGCCAGAUGGCCAAGAGCCGCUCGUGGCAGACGCAGCAGCAGCAGAGCGCCGCGCUGGGUCAGUCGGUGGAGGGCGGGCAGGGCCGCGCACGCCACCACCACAUCACGCGCCAGGAGGCGGUGCAGGCGCACCCGUCGGCCGCCAUGGGUAAGAGUCGCUCGUGGCAGCAGAGCCACGAGGCUGACCCGCUGCCCGGGCCCCUCCCACGCACCUACACCGUCUCUGAGAAGCGGGGGCGGCGCUCCUCCAUACGCCUGGCGCCCCCCUCGCCCACACGCCCCAGCCCCCCCUCCUACCAGUCCCCUGCCAGGUCCCCGCUCGGUGCCCUGCCCCCCCAGCCCCACCCCUCCCCCAACACACACACGCCCUUACACGACAUGCCCCCCGCCCACUACCAGCACCGCCAGCACGCGCCGCCCAUGCGCGCCCAGACGGCCAGCUACAGCACGCCGGGGCCCGGCACGCCGCACCUCACCGAGUACGUGGAGCUGCGCAACUACGAGGCCAUGGAGCGGCAGCAGCAGCAGCAGCAGGAGUACGUGGACCUGCGCCAGUACCGCGCCGAGCAGCUGCGCCAGCAGCCUUCCAGGGACCCCGUGUGGCGCGAGCGGUACUACAUCCCCGCCACCUUCGCCCAGCUCAAGCAGCUCCAGCAGCAGCAGCAGCAGCAACAACAGCAGCUACACCAGCAGCUACAGCAGCACCAGUUCCAGAAGCACCAGCAACAGUUCCAGCACCAGCAGACGCAGCAGCUCCAGCAGCAGCUCCACCAGCAGCAGGCGCAGCAGAUCAUGCGCCAGAAGCGGCAGCGCACGCUGCAGCACCAGAAGUCCAUCAUGCCGCACGAGACCCAGGGCGGCUCCCCGGGCCGCAUGGACGGCGAGUACGCGUCCCUGCAGGAGAUCCGGGACAGCAUGGCGGCGCGCGAGGCUAAGAUGCGGCCGCGGCUGUCCACGAUGGCCUCGCAGGCCCGCCAGCAGCAGCAGCAGGACCACCAGAACCACGGCCCCGUCAAGUCCUCGUCGCUGAUGACCUCCCAGGAGCUGCUCAACACCCUCAAGCGGCAGCUGGCGCUGUCCUCCCCGACGCGCACCACGCGCAGCAAGAGUCUGGAGGCGGGGCGCGCCGCGGCGGCCGCCGGCCUGGAGCCGUCGGGCCGCGAGGAAUCGGGGCCGGGCGAGGGCGGGCUGGAGCAGGGCCUGGACACGCUCUCCCCGGCCCUGCUGGCCCUGGUGGCCGAGAAGAGGGCGCGCCUCAAGCGCUCCACCGGCGCCUUCUCAGGUAGCGGCGGGGGACGCGUGGCAGUGUUGCGCCAGGUCACCGCGCCACCAACGAGAUGCUCCCUGGUGGGCGUGACGAGCGACAGUGAGUGCGAGGACAAGAAGAGCUCCGCCUCGUCCACGGGCGCCACGGAGGGCCGCGCGUUCCCCGCCGCCUCGCCGCAGACCUCCGCCGCCCUCGUCAGCUCCCACGACUAUAACAUGGAGCAGAGCAACGUGGCUUUACUCCGCGCCGAGCUGAAGAUCGUGACCACGGACCGCGAUAUCAUGAAGAAGGAGCUGAAGAAGGUGGCGCGGGAGCGGGACGAGGCCCUCAACAAGCUGGUGGCGGUGCAGCACGGGGACCAGCCGGCCAACUACGGGACCCUCAAGCAGGGCGACAAGGGCCAGGCCACCACCAGGGACUACGAGAGCCUCAAGAUGCAGUGUGAGAAGGCCAUGGCGGAGGUGCAGGGCCUCCUCAAGCAAAACAUGGACAUCACCAGGAAGUACGAGAACACCAUGAAGGACGUGGACUACUACAGGAAGCAGGAGCGGGCGGCCUACACAGCCCUGCAGAACCUGAGGAUGCAGUAUGAGGAGGUGGUGGCCGAGAAACAGAAGCUGGAGCGAGAGGUCACCUCCCUUCAGACAAUAAUGGAAGACGAUCGUAAAGAGAUCGCUGACCUUCGCCGGCAACAGCAGAAGGUUAGAUUCCCGCUCAAAAGACAGGAGACGGUGAUAGAGGCCAUCACACAAGAGGGGUCAGGGGAGGCUAUCAACCAGCUCUACAUGACCACCAUGCGCAAGUACGAAGCCAUUAAGGAUGAAUACGACUCCAUCAGAAAGAGAUACUCGGAUUUAGUUGCAUCACAUUCCAAUAAUAUAUCAAAACUGGAGCUCACUCAGGAAGAAGUCUCACGCUUAAAGAAACAGUACGAGGAGGUGAUGCGGGAGUGCAACGAGGCGGUGAGGGAGAAGAACUGCCUCAAACAACAGUGCACCAAGGCCAUCACCGAGUGGGACUCCGCCCUCAGAGAGAAGAACAAGCUACAAGAAGACUUAUUGAAGGCCAGAGAGAAAAAUGACGAGAUGAUGAAGGAGAUGAACACCCACAUUAUACAGCGACAACACCUCAACAAGGAUCUUAAGAGGUUUCAGGAGGAGAGGAACGCAGCGAUGCAGGAGUACACGCUGGUCAUGAGUGAGAGGGACACGGUGCACAAGGAGAUGGACAAGCUGCAGGAGGAGCUCUCGCAGGCCAGCAAGAAGAUCAAGAACAUCGAGCAGACCACAAACAACUCCAGCAAAGAGCGGGAAUCCCUUUUACUUCAAAUUGAGAUGCUGCAGCGGGAGAUUGCAGCGUCCCUGCACGACCGCGACAAGGCCAUCAAGGAGUGCAAUGAUCUGCGGGAGCGAUACGGCGCCAACGGGGACACCAACAAGGAGUGGGAGCGCUCCUACAAGGACUACGACAGUUAUAAGCAGGAGAGAGACAUCACCCUUAAGAGCGGCCCUGAUCUCGGUCCCUCCUCGCACGACCUCUACGCCAAGGCCCAGAAGGAGCGCCUCGACAACCUUGAUCAGGCCAACCAGGAGAUCGACCGCCUGCGCAAGACCAUUGAGAAGCUACAGAGUGAAUUGCAAGAGGCACAACAGGAGGCAGAGGUGUCCAAGCGGCGCCGAGACUGGGCCUUCAGCGAGCGUGACAAAAUCGUCCAAGAAAGAGAGUCCAUCCGAGCUCACUGUGACAAGCUGCGACGAGAGCGAGACAGAAAGGUGUCGGAGCUGGCCGAAGCUCUGCGAGAUUCUGACGAUAUGAAGAAACAGAGAAAUGAGACCUCAAAGGAACUGAAGGAGCUGAAAGAGAGGCUUGAGGCAGAACAGGAGAAGGUCGUGAGACAUCUGCCGCCACACAACCACUCCAGAGACUCCGCCAUCGACACAGACUUACAAGAAUGGGAGAUAGAAACUUUGCAUAUUCCAAUUAGUGUUGUGUCUGCGAACGAUGUUGGGUUUGUUGUGGCGGGCGGCCGCGAUGACCCUCACUGCGGCGGCGGCGACGGAGCUGUGUACGUCACCAGUGUUACCAAGGACGGACCAUUCGAGGGGAAGCUCAGGGUUCACGACCAAAUAGUGCGUCUGAACAGCAUGGACUGCCAGGGUGUGGACCGGGAGAGUGUUUACGCGGCGGUGAUCAACGGCGGCGGCUGGAUCCACAUGACAGUCCGGCGGCGGCGCAGUGGUGGCCGCAGCCUGCACACGGCCCACCUGCACUGCCCCCGCGCCUCCCACCACGGCCUCAUGCUGCACACCGGCGUAUACAUUGCGAACAUCCUCCCUGGCAGCCCUGCAGCACGAGAGGGAAGCCUGGCCAUCGGCGACCGCGUGCUGAACAUCAACGGCAAGCCAGUGGACAACCUGAGCAGCUGCGAGGAGGUGCAGGGGCUCUUGGACUCAGCCGGCGAGGUGGUGCAGCUCACGACCCUCAAGUCACACGGCUCGUCCUCCCUCUCGGCGCCCCUCAGCUCAUCCUCCAGCGGCCACAACAUCACCGAGGACGACAAAUCAACCUCCUCCUCACGGCCGUACUCCUCGCCCACCUCGCCCUCCAAGGAUUCCGGAGUGAGUUCGGGGCGGGCGGGGAGUCGGGAGCUAGUGAAGAAGCUUGUCCCGGGGUCUGGCGGCGUGCACAGCGAGGACGGAAGCAGCAAGCGAUACGGCAGCAACGAAAAGGUUUAUAAUGUCACCAAGGCCACCGGGGAGAAGGGAACGGUGACUGGCCCCCUCGACCUCAUCAAGAACAUGGUACGGCCGCGACGACACAGCCGGGAGCGAGUGGACGGCCGUAGCGAAAGCCGAGACAAAGAGGAGAAGAAGAAGCACAUGACGUCGGUUCUCGAUCACGAAGCGGAGAGCGCCAUCGCCCAGCUGGACUCCGUAAACAACCUGUACCACCACAAAAGCGAGAGCAACGGGGGCACAAGCACCACCAAGCGAUCGAAGAAGCGCGAGAAGGAGGAGUCCGGCGGAACAUGGCCCAAGUACAAAGGUGGCGUCAGCAGCACCUGGGACGCUAACACCGGCACCGUCGUAUACACGCACCACCGAAAGGAACGUCCGCAGAUAUCCGUGUUUCUCCCCUCGUUCAACUCCUCCCAAUACACACACGAUUCUAAACCCUUUGAGUCUUACCACCACAACAAUCACUCCAGCACAAGGACAAUGACCAGCUCCAGACCCCCCUCGAGCAGCCCCCGCAGCCCACAGUUCAGCAUCUACAAGGGCAUCGACAGCACGGGGAUCAAGUCCUGCUCUCGAAGUAGCGCCGCGCAGGUUUUCACAAGCCCACAGUCGACGGGAAGUGUGUACCCAAGCCAGGAAGUGUACAGCUCAUCGGUUGAUCGGAAGAACGAGGAAUCGGAGCGUGGAGACCAGUUGAGUUCGCUGACGCAAUCGGAUAACUCCUCCAUCGACUUCUCCGUCACCUCGGGAAAUGUCGGGAAAGAGGAGCUGGAGUAUUACGUGAAGAGGAAUAUUAUUAAGUAUCCGCAGAGGGACAGUGAGAGUAAUAUGUCCCCUGUCGACCCCAACCCGCAGCAGUCCAUUAGCCUCCCUCCUUGUUACGGAACGAGACCCACGUCACUGCACCAUGGCGGCGAUCGCACACCCUCGCACUCCCGUAUCCCACACCCCCAUGCCGGUCUCUACUCCCCACCCAUACCCACGCUUCAGUCCCCCCCGGCGUUUCCCCAGUACACCCCAAUCCCGCAUUUCUCCCUCACACACACGCAUACGUACCCACACAGCACCAUCAGCUCGUCGGUAAGUGCAGUUUCAGCGCGAUAUUCCUCACCGCCGAUGCAUUCCCUCGGACACUCAAACUUUCUCCCGUCAUCAAGAAGCGGCGACAGCAUCCUCUCCUCGCCCGGACCAGACCGCGACCCCAGAGACAGGAUCUACUACGACAGCCGGCCCACCUCGUCGCCUAGUCCAUUAGGGGUGAUUGGCUCAGUCGGCAGUGGGGCAUUCUAUCACUCCCCGUCGCCGUCUUUUGAGCUCUCGGGCCACCACAAGCCUCGCACGCUGCACAUCCAUCCAUACCGUGUGGGGUCCGAGGAGCCGCCCCCCCUACCCCACCACUCCUGCCCCCCGCCCUACCACGAUUCCCAGCGAUCUGCCAUGGGGACGAUGCCUCGGAAAGAAGAUGAGAGGAUUCGAAUACCCAGCAACGCCAGUGUCGCCAGCAAGAGCAGCGGAGGCAAAGCAAGCAGCGUCGAGCGGAACUCCGAGAGAGGGUCCCCAAUGCCUCUGAGCUACUCGGUGGAGAUGGUGGGCGUCAGCGGAACUAACAGUGGCGGCCGAGGCAGUAGUAACAGCAGCAGCAGCAACAAGGGUCUGCCGCACAUCACCCAGAUCAGCCACUCGGUCCACAGCCCUCACUACCAGGACUACCGGAAGCCUAACCCGGGGGACUUAAGGAACAUCUAUAUUGAGAAGUCCUCCCAGCAGCUUGGCAUUCAGAUCCGCUGCCUCGAGAGUGGUGGCGUUUACGUGUCGUCUGUCCACAUCAACUCCCUGGCAGCACGGGUUGGGCUGUGCGUUGGUGACCAGCUGCUGGAGGUGUGCGGCAUCAACAUGAGGUCGGCCACCAAGCAGUCGGCCUCCAUGGUGCUCUCCCAGUGCGGCACCUCGGUCACCAUGCUGGUCCAGUACAACCCUGACAAAUACCACGAGGCUGACUGCUGGGAGGGAAGCAGUAGUGGAAGCAGCGUCGACGGGUCCUGGCUGGGCACCCCCACGCCUCGGAACUCCCCCAAGCCAACCCCCCUGGACACCCAACACCCCGGGGACGAUGACGACCUCCCCCCGUCCACCACGUCAACCCUCCGCGGACCCCUGGACCUGCGCGACACCCUGGACCACUCGCUUCCACCCUCGGCGCGGUCCACUCUGACUCGCCCAGAAAUUGCGCAUGUCAUGAACACCUUGAAACGACAGGACACUUUUUCCAGGCGGAGUGACAACAGCGGGGGCAGUGGUGGGGGCGGGGGCACCGGUACAGGAGGUGGGGGAGGGGGAGGGGGCACAGGGGGCGGCAGCAGCGGCGGCGGCGGGGGCAGCGGCAACAACAUCAGCGGGGAACCUCGUCUCGUCUACCUCGAGUUGAUCAAGUCCCACAACCUCGGAAUCCAGAUGGUCGGCGGCAACGCGCUGGGAAUAUUCAUCCACGCUGUGCCGCCCGACUCCCCCGCAGCGAGGGCCGGCCUGCGUCCCGGCGACCACAUCCUGGAGUACAAUGGGGUGGACCUGAGGCACGCGACGGCAGAGCAGGCAGCCUUUGAGUUAGCCAAGCCAGCCGACAACGUGACCAUGCUAGUCCAGUACAACUACCAGAGAUACGAGGAGAUUCAGGACCAGCCAGGCGACAGUUUCUACAUCCGAGCAAAAUUUGACCGCCUGGGUGACGCCGGUGACCCGUCCGACCUGAGGUUUCGCAAGGAGGACAUCCUGUACGUGGACAACACCAUGUUCAACAACGUGCCGGGGCUGUGGCGGGCCUGGGUGGUGGACGAGGACGGACACAAGCGGCAGUGGGGCACCGUUCCGAGCAAGGACAAGGUUGAGGAGGAGAUGCGACUUCAGCGCAGCGUUGGGGACCUGCAGAUGGACUCCUCGCGGCGUGGCUUCACCUCCGCGCGCCGCUCCUUCUUCAAGAGAAAGAAACACUCACGCUCAUCCUCACGCGACUCCAAGGAGCUGGCCAGCUUCUCCGACGCCUCCCUCAACUCCUACACCGAGACGGCGCCGCUGCACGACGACCUCUGCCCUAACUCCUACAUCAGGGUGGAGCGCCUCGACUACCUGGUGCGGCGUCCCGUGGUGAUCGUCGGUCCUCUCUGGGAGCUGGUGUGUGACAAGCUGUGCCACGACUACCCCCAUAACUUCACCAGGUGCGUCCCCGAGGUGAGUCGCCUCUCCGCCGCCGAGCUGGAGGAAGGCGUCCAGAAGAACCUCGUCGUGGACUACCGGCGCCGCGGCUCACACUUCGAGGCAACCACCGUCAGCCAGGUCAAGGAGAUCUGCGACAAGAGCUGUCACGGCAUCCUGGACAUCAGCUACUCUAUCUUAGUAUCUUGA